UUCGGUGGUUCCGGUCUCAGACUCUGUAUCUGCUCAUAAGACUUUUACUUUGAAAGGUCGGUACUUGGCAGUGAACCGGAUGUAAUCAGAGCGCCAUGUUGGAGUCAAAGAUCUAACUGUUUGUGUUUCUGAGACUUUGUCCCUCAGUGAGACACGCAGCCGAACCGGGACCGGAGUAGUAGAUCCUCCGGUAGCCCGCCCGGUAGCCCGGUGUACCGUCCGGCCGCCUGAUGGAGCGCGGCGGCUCGGCGGUGUUUGUGUGUCAGACGGAGCUGAUCAUGGAGGCGGCGGUGGAGUCCGCGGUGUCUGAGCUCCACCGGGACACGGACAGUCCGGAGAGACGGGCUCAGCUGACCGCCGUCCUGCGCCUGAUGACCAGAGAGGCGGUCCGUAAGAUCUACAGCGUCUUCAGAGAGCUCUACGUGAGCUUAGUGACGGAAAAUGAAACUCUGAAGGACAAAGUGGGACAUCUGGAGUCGGGGCUGAGGUCAAAGGUCGAGAAGACACAGACGGUUUAUAAGGUCAAACCAUCAGAUGGACCCGCCCUGUCGCUGGACAUCAGCCAACCAGCUGCCGGUCCUGCGGCCCUCGCCAUGGCCAUCCUCAACUCUGCCAAAUCCAGACGCAGCGCCGGCAGCGCCCCUCUGGUGCCUCUGGUCAUCAUCAGCCAGCCGCUCCCCGGACCAAUCACAGGCAAGAGCAGCCCCGCCCCCCCGGUACCGCCGGAGAAACCAGAUCAAACCACUGAUAACGCCACAGCUGACCUUCUGACCGACCUUCAGACUGACCUUCACAUCGACCUUCAGCCUGAGGAGGGAUUGGAAGUGAACCAGAUCUUCAGGGAUCCUGAUGAAUCAUUUGGAGACGUGAUAUCACUUCCUGUGGCUAACGAUCAGCCAAGCAGCGAGGACAUGCCGUCACCUGAAGACGAACACGCUCUUCCUGUCGAAACAGAAAUAAAGACAGAACAGACGCUGACUGACGCUCCUCCAGCGAUGAGUGAAGAGGAGCAGAAGGAGCUGGAUAGGAAGAGGAGGAGGGAGCUGUACAAGGAGAAGAGGUUCUUCUGUGAGCUGUGUAAUAAAGGCUUCCAUCAGAACCACCAGCUGAGGAAACACGUGUCCUGCCACCUGAAGCCGUUCCCCUGCAGCUCCUGUGAUAAAGGCUUCUACAAGUCCAAGAGUCUGCAGAAACACCUGCUGAGCCACCAGCUCAGGGACGCUCAGGACAACGACCCCGACAAGCUGCUGCGCUGCGAUAAGUGCGACAGGAAGUUCAGACUGCUGCGCCAGCUCCGAGUCCACCAGGCCUCUCACCGGCUGGAGAAAACGCCGCUCAAGUGCCACGUCUGCGACCGCGCCUUCACCUCGGCCGGCGCGCUACGGUACCACGAGGUGUCGCAUGCCCGGGUAAAGCCCUUCAUGUGCGAUGUCUGCGGGAAAAGCUUCACCAGGAAGAAGAGCCUCCGCGAGCACCAGACGGUCCACACCGGCGCCCGGCCGUACCCCUGCCCGACCUGCGGGAAGACCUUCUCCACCGCCAGCAACCUGCGCGUCCACAAGAGGUCGCACUCGGAGGAGCGGCCGUACAAGUGCUGCGAGUGCGACAAGGCCUUCAAGUGUAAGAUGGGUCUGUUGCAGCACCGCGUGGUCCACUCCGGAGAGAAACCCUUCAUGUGUCAGACCUGCGGCCUCAGCUUCGGCCUCAAGUACAACUUCCAGAGACACCUGCGCCUCCACAACGGAGAGAAGCCCUUCAGGUGUGAUAAGUGUGGCGAGGGGUUCACGGGUACCUGGGCUCUGAAGACCCACAUGCUGGUUCACGGCGUGGAGAAGCCGUUCAUGUGCGACCUCUGUGGGAAGACGUUUUUCUACAACUGCCAGCUGCAGAAGCACCAGCAGCUGGUCCACAGCAACAAGGACCGGCAGAAGGUCGGCGCCGCAGCGGCGAGACGCAGGCCGACCGGCACCAAACCCUACAGCUGUAAGAUCUGUCUGAAGAGCUUCAGCAGCAACACCACGCUGAGGACGCACGAGAAGUGCCACGCUGAGAACAAAGAGUUCACCUGCGACACCUGCGAGAAGUCUUUCCACCUGCGCCACCUGUACCUGUACCACAUGAGGCAGCACAGCGGCGACCGGCCGUACGUCUGCGGCGUCUGCCAGAAGAGCUUCCUGCUGAUGUCGCAGCUGAAGCAGCACGAGCUCCUGCACACCGGAGUCAAACCUCACAAGUGCGAACAGUGCGGCAAAGAGUUCAGGACGCCACAGAACUACCACCGCCACCUGCUGGUGCACACGGGAGAGAAACCCUACGAGUGCGUCGUGUGCAGCAGGAAGUUCAGGCAGUCCAACCAGCUCAAGUCUCACAUGCAGAUCCACACCGGCGUGAAGCUGUACGCCUGCGAGCGCUGCGGCCACGGCUUCUCCGACUCGCGGCAGCUGAAGAAACACGGCUGUGGAGACGACUUCCAGAGCUGCGAGUCCGGCGGCAGACGCAGGAAGCAGAAGAACGCCUUCCCGUGGAGCGAGGGCUUCACGCACCAGUAACACCUGAAACAUCUGCUUAACCUAGCUUAGCCUAGCUUAGCAUAAAGACUGGAAUACACCAACCAACAUGUUUAUAUCUGCUUUAUUUUACACUGUGUCCAUCCGCCAGGACGCAGCACACAUUAAUAUCCAUCCUCUCAUCUCACUGUGGUCCACACAUAGAAUAGUCCCACAUGUUGGACUGUUCCUUCAACAUCUUUAAAACUUUGAUGAUAUAAAUCUAGUUAGUAGUUUGUUACGCUGUGAGAGUGGAAUAUAUAUAAACUGGAAAAACAAAGUA